AUGAGGUCUAGUUCUCCAUGUGAGGCUGCCGAGGAACGUCGACAUUCCAUCUUCUCUACUGCUACAACUGCCUUCCUACAACGUUCCCCGAUCAGCCUUCAGUGUCGUCGGAGCCUUCGAAAACACAAGAGAGGAUUUGAAGGAGAAGAUGAGGUACUGUCACAUGCAAGCUUUACUUCUGGAGAUGGCUCGCCUAAAUCGUCGUCAAUGAUCUCAUAUCGAGAGGAUCCAUGGGUAAUCAGUUCGAAUGAUAUCAGUUCAAGUGGUUAGCAAUCAAGAAUAGAAGGCAAAGAGCAUUUUGCUGACUGUGUCCAAGGCUUCAACGAUUUGAAGACUCGAGAGAAAGCAACGAGCCCGUCGGAUUUUACCUCUUUGAUUGCGCAACGUGAAACCCCUCCUAGCUGUAAAAGAGAAGUCUCAAACUUGACUCCGCCCCGCUUGUCUAUGCGACGUCCAAGUAUUGAAUUUCCUUCAACGAGUUUGUCAAACCACACUUUCGAUCCCGAGAAUUUUGAAAGGCAACUCCAAGACAUUCGAGAAGCAAACCCAUUCUGGUUCUCUCCAUUACGUGCUUCGACAUUGCCGCCAAGUUACGAGUCACCUUGGUCGGAACGUUCAAACAAGACACUCAACCCGGAACAAUUUAAAGAGCAUCUCGAGAAUAUUCAACGAGAUACUAACAUGUUCUCUAAUCUGGAAGUUCUCGAGGUCCAAGAUUUCACUACUCAUGACCUGGAUUGGGACUCAACACCAGAAGUCGCAACUCCAUCCUCAACGGGCUCGUUCGAAGCGCGAGGUUUCAACUCGCCAGUCCAUGGUACAUGUUCAUAUCUUUUCAAUGAACUGACAGCCAGAAACAUGAUAGAUGAGAAAGCCGAGAAAACUUCUCCUCGCGACCUUGAAAAGAAUCAAGUAUCAUUCGAAGAGAUCUUUCAAAUGCAUCAAGAACCUCAAACACACCUUUCAUCGUCACCUAAGAGAAAGAGGGAAGCCUUCGGCGGCCAUGGAGGAUCUGUCGAUUAUCGGUCUCCUCAACAAAAUAGCCCACAACGCAUUCCUAGAAAAGAGGGAGCAUCUCUUCCAGCUGAAUUUAUGUACUCAAAUCCAUUAACAACCACCAAACCCAAACGCUGUUUUUUGUCUGAAAAGGAAUCCCAAGACGGAGUGGAUCCCUCUUCAAGCCCAUCAAGCCCGCCGCUGAAGCGACGAAGAGUAGAUUCUGAGAAAAAUAACAAUGGUACACCCUCUAUGAAUGGAGGAAACAAGGCCAUAUUCUCUGUUUGGAGCAACGGUAAAACUGGCGCUACAAAGAGGAGAUUUCUGCGGGAGCGAAGAACGCAAUAUACCCCUUCUUGUAUAAAGAAUCCAAGCGUGGCUUCUUCCCAGAAAGAAAACGAGUGCCAAAAUCCGUUCAGAUUGCAAGACGCAACCUUUAUUUUCUCUUCACCAGUGAAGGUUGUCUCGAAACCACGUGGUCACCAAAUCGUUAGUGAAUUUGAAGAUCGUGCUAAAUUAACCAAGCCAUUUAGAACUGGAGCGGACGGUUCUCCUAAUUCACUCGCUUCGCACGCUAAGCUUAAAAAAAUGAAUCACAAUAAAGCGGUCGAGGAAGGAAUCUGUCACCCAAGUUCAAUACAAAAACCAUUUAAAAAUAACGCGUCAGACUCCAACAUCCCCUCCCUAAAAGUUUCUUCCCUCUCAGCUGAGCAAUACACAACACCAUCUCCAGUGACCACCAUAGUCAAUAUCGCACGUGGAUUACAACACGAGUACGAACACACAGAAGAAUUCUUAAUCGAUUUGGAGAGCGCAAGCCAAGUAGCGGAGAGCUCGGAGAGCCCGGAGGUUGAAAGCCCUAUCGGAAGCGAAGAGUCCGAAGAAAUGAGGACGAGACACCAUAUCGGAAGCGAAGAGUUCGAGGAAUUGGCCACAGCAUUGAGGACGAGAGAAGAGAGUUCGGAGCCUAUAAACCAAUCUGGGCCCUCAAGUCGCAACCAAAAUAUUGAGCCAUCACCUUACGACUGGAACUAUUGGGAGUCUAUCGUACUACAAGGAGUUGAUCGAAUCGAACGUGAAGCUCAAGCUGCCGCUUCAUGUGAAGCUCAAAGACAGGAGUGGGAGGAAACCCGGGGUCCAGAUGACGGACCUGAGACUCAACUAGGAGCGUUCCGCCAGUUCUACGAUACUAACCAUCAAGCUCAAGACGAGAACAGAGACCAGGAACAGGAACAAGCUCAAGUAGAGCAACUUGGACAGCCGCCGCAUUAUCGCCAGAUCCAAGAGAUUAUUUCUGAAGGCCGCAAUUUUAUUGAGGACUCUCGAUCUCAACAUGAGACUCACAUCGCAGCUGAGCAACAACCACCACAACCACAGGAACUAUGGCAAGAGACCCUUUCUGGGAAUGGCGACGCUUUCGAUGAGUUCCGAGCUCAUAUCACGCCAGGCUUCUCCCCGAGUGAGCUUUCCAACCCGUCUUGGUCGAGUAUGCAGACCAGACGACGCGGCUCAACCGUGUGUCCGCAUUGUGUUGAUUUUAUUAAUUCGCCGACGGUACAGUUGAGAUGUCGAGCUUGCGGGAGGGAUAUCAGUCGAGGUGAGGAGGGGGGUAUGAUGUUUGGUCCACUGGAUGGCAAUGGAGGUCCACUUUCACUUUAUUAUACCGAGGAGGCGGAUGAGGCGUAUGAGGAGUGGAUGAGAGAUUGGGUUGUUGAGAGGGUUUAG